AUGGGGGGGGCUGCUGGCACCCCCAUUCUGACAGCUCCUCUCCCCCAGGAAAGAGGUGGCAACAACUCCUUCACCCAUGAAGCCCUCACACUUAAGUACAAACUGGACAACCAGUUUGAGCUGGUGUUUGUGGUGGGCUUCCAGAAGAUCCUGACCCUAACCUACGUGGACAAGUUGAUAGACGACGUCCACAAGGAGUUCCGAGACAAGUACCGCAACGAGUUCCAGCAGAAAGGCGCCCUGGGCCUCCUAAAUGGCACCUUUGAUUUUAAAGAUGACUUCAUGCGCCUCCUCCGGGAUGCAGAGGAGAGCAGCAAAGUCCGAGCUCCCACGGUAAUGAAGACGUUUGAGCAGUCUCUGAAAUCCCAGAAGACUGUCAAGUGUAUGAUUGAAACCCGAGGGGAGAAACCAAAGGAGAAGGUCAAGAACAAGAAGAACAAAGGUUCCAAAAAGGAUGGAACUGAAGCUGUGGCAGCGCCCAGUAAAGCCUCUGCAGGCGACAAGCAGCUCUCAGCAGCAGGGGACAAGGAGGAACUGACCAAGGAUGAAAUCCUGCAGAAGAACCGGGAGGAGUUCUUCAGGAGACACAUGAAAGCUGGGGAGAAGUCCAGAUCUCCAAAGCCCGAUGCACAGAAGGAGAAGGGGAAGAAGCCCCGGGUGUGGGAUCUGGGGAACUCUAAUGCCAAAGUACUCGAUUACAGUAAUUCCGCUACCAACGGCAGCGCGGAGGCUUGUCCUGUGGAGGAGUUUGACCCUGACAUGGCCCUGGGGGACAAAAAUCGUGAACCUGGCCGCCUCUAUGACCUGGAGUAUGAGAGUGAUGAUGAAGCUGAAGAGGAGAAAGUUGUUCAGAACCCUUCGAAACCCAGUGUGAAGAAGGGUGGCCUGGGGGGCAUGUUUGGCAUGCUAAAGGGCCUAGUAGGUUCCAAGAGCUUGACCAGAGAGGACAUGGACCCUGUGCUGGAAAAGAUGAAGGAUCACUUGAUUGCUAAAAAUGUGGCAGCUGAGAUUGCAGUGCAGCUCUGUGAAUCUGUGGCUAAGAAACUGGAAGGAAAGGUGAUGGGAACGUUCACCACGGUAACCUCGACGGUGAAGCAGGCGCUGCAGGAGGCCCUGGUGCAGAUCCUGCAGCCCCAGCGCCGUGUGGACGUGCUGCGCGAUGUCAUGGAUGCCCAGCGCCAUCGCCGGCCCUACGUCGUAACCUUUUGUGGCGUCAACGGUGUCGGGAAAUCCACCAACCUGGCCAAGAUCUCGUUCUGGCUCAUCGAGAACGGCUUCAGCGUGCUCAUCGCAGCCUGCGACACGUUCCGCGCGGGAGCGGUGGAGCAGCUGCGCACCCACACGCGCCGCCUCAACGCGCUGCACCCUCCGGAGAGCCACGGCGGGCGCACCAUGGUGCAGCUCUACGAGAAGGGAUACGGCAAGGACGCGGCGGGCAUCGCCAUGGAGGCCAUCUCCUACGCUCGCAACCAGGGCUUUGACGUGGUGCUGGUGGACACGGCCGGACGCAUGCAGGACAACGCACCGCUCAUGACUGCGCUGGCCAAACUCAUCGCUGUCAACGCUCCCGACCUGGUCCUGUUUGUUGGGGAAGCGCUGGUGGGAAAUGAGGCUGUGGAUCAGCUGGUCAAGUUCAACAAGGCUCUGGCUGAUCACUCCAUGGCCCAGACACCGCGGCUCAUCGAUGGGAUUGUCCUCACCAAGUUCGAUACCAUCGAUGACAAGGUGGGUGCUGCCAUCUCCAUGACCUACAUCACGAGCAAGCCCAUUGUUUUCGUUGGUACCGGACAAACCUACUGUGAUCUGCGAAGCCUUAAUGCCAAGGCCGUGGUCGCAGCGCUCAUGAAGGCCUAAACACCAAACUGCUGUGUGCAGCUGUCCCAGAAGAACCUGCUUUACCCUGUCACCAACUAGUCUUUCCCGUGUAGUGCAGAACAGAAUGGAGGAAUAGCAGCAUGAGGAAUACUUUUUUUGGAUAAACCACCUUAUAUCCAGAAAAAGCCGUUCCCUGGGUUCCUCCAUUCUGUGUCCAGUGACGCAGGCUCCCUUGCAGGGAGGCCGAAUCCAGAGCUUUGUAUUGUUCGUGCUGCACGGGGGGCUGGGCGGUGCCAGGAUCUGCUGUGCUUUUUGGUGGGUUUGAAGGCUUUUUUUUGAGCUGCUUGUGAUUUUUAGACCAGCUUAGGGAGGAGGCAGGAGGACUUGGGCUUACGGGCAGUUUUAGAUCUGGCUGUUAAUGUCGCUGCUCGUGGCAGCUCCACUGAAGCUGAUAAA